AUGGCUCGUCUCUCUUGUGGAAUAGAAGUUACAUGUAUAGUUUUAUUUGCGUUGAACAUAACGUUUCUUGCUUUUGGUUUUUGUUUGGUUGGUUUUGGUACUUAUAUCAAAGUGAGCAAAAAAUUUGAUAUUGCUUUAUCAGAACAUAUCAGUACAGCGAUUAUUGGUGGAGAAGCAAUAGAAACUGCUGGUGUCAUUUUGAUCAUUGUAGGUGUUUUUACAGUACUUUUAUCUGCAUUUGGUUGUUUGGGUGCACUAUUGAAAAAUAGAAUAUUCCUUUAUUUAUAUGGAAUCAUUCUUAGUAUUUUAAUACUUUUGGAAUUAGCGGCAUUUAUAAUUAUGAUGAGUUCACGUGUUCGUAUACGCGAUAGUUAUCAUUCUGGUCUUUGGAGAGUAUUUACUAAUGCAUAUGGUAAUAAUCGACCAGAUUUAAUUGCAGCUGUUGAAGAGCUUGAACGUGAAUUUAAAUGUUGUGGUGUAUAUGGUUUCAGUGAUUAUUUCCAAGUUCUCCAAAAAAUACCAUCAUCAUGUUAUUUAGAUCAAUCAUUCACUCAACCUAUAUUUGGAAAAGGUUGUGCUGAUGCUUUUAUUGAUUGGAUGUGGGAUGAAGUACCAAUACUUAGUGGUAUAGUUGCUGCAAUAUUAAUUAUUGAGAUUUUUGGAGUUAUCACCUCAUUUGCAAUGGCUGCUGCUGUUUCACAUUAUUCCUACGGAAGACUUGAUGGCAAAAAAUUUCAUGAAACAGCCGUCUGA